AAAAUUAUCUUGAACCAUCAAUCCAUCAAAUUAACAUCAACAACAUCAUCGUCACCCGUUAUAACCAACCAACAUGCCUCGAGUCGCUUACUACUUUGAUGAUGACAUCGGAGCCUAUGCAUUCGCGCCACAUCAUCCAAUGAAACCACACCGAAUCAAAAUGGCUCAUAGCCUAGUCUUGAAUGCUGGAUUACACCAGAAGAUGGACGUCCUGACUGCAAAACGAGCAAGCAAAGAGGAAAUGACGAAAUUCCAUACGGAUGAAUAUAUUAGUCAUAUCGCUUCGCUAAACCUUGAUGACCCUGAGAUGCUAGCUUCGGGCCGCGACAAGAGUGGUGACAAUAGAUUCUUGGCCGGAGACGAUUGUCCUGGAUUCGAAGGAUUGUUCGAAUUCUGUUCAAUCUCGGCUGGUGGAUCAAUUGCUGCCGCCAAAAGAAUCAACUCCGGACAGGCUGAUAUAGCUAUCAACUGGGCCGGUGGACUGCACCACGCAAAGAAGCGUGAAGCCAGUGGGUUUUGUUAUGUCAAUGAUAUAGUUUUGUCAAUUCUGGAAUUGCUCCGAUUCCACACGAGAGUUUUAUAUAUCGACAUUGAUAUACACCAUGGUGAUGGUGUAGAAGAGGCAUUCUACACGACCGAUCGAGUCUUAACUUGCUCCUUUCACAAGUUUGGUGACUUUUUCCCCGGAACGGGUCACGUAGGCGAUCUUGGAAUUGGUAAAGGUAAUGGCUAUGCCGUCAACGUUCCAUUGAAGACUGGGAUCAACGACGAGACCUACCGGAGCAUAUUUCAGCCGGUCAUCAAUCAUAUAAUGGCCUGGUAUCAGCCUGGUGCCGUUGUUCUACAAUGCGGUGCUGAUUCGCUUGCUGAAGAUAAAUUGGGCAUAUCUGUCCGUUCGUGUCGCUUGCUUCUGCUGAACGCUGAAAUUGAUAUGAUCGAAUCACCAUAUACACUCACAGGUCAUGCUGAUUGUGUUCGACACGUCAAAUCUUUCGGAGUUCCUCUCAUCUUACUCGGUGGUGGAGGCUAUACCAUUCGAAAUGUCGCCCGGACUUGGGCCUAUGAGACUUCGGUCUGUUUAGGUCCAUCUGAAGAGAUGAACCCGGCCGAACUACCCUACAACGAAUAUAUGGAGUAUUUCGGCCCGACUUUCAAACUGGACGUCCCGUCGAAUAAUAUGGACAACCAGAAUUCAAGGGAGUACUUGAACAACAUCUUGUGA